AUGACGGCGUUUAUAAUCCAUUGUGACGCGUCGUGUUACCGUCAGUUCCACAUCGUGGGUCGCCAUGUCCCCACCGAUGCGAUGCCCGAUCCCCAGGUGUACCGCAUGAAGCUGUGGAGCACCGACGACACCCGCGCGAAGUCCAAGUUCUGGUACUUCCUCUCCCGCCUGAAGAAGGUGAAGAAGGCGAACGGCCAGAUCCUCGCGUGCAACGAGAUCUUCGAGGAGGACGUGACCACCAUUAAGAACUUCGGCAUCUGGAUCCGCUACCAGUCCCGCACCGGGUUCCACAACGCGUACAAGGAGUACCGCGAGGUGUCCAUGAACAAGGCUGUGGACGCCCUCUACGAGGAGAUGGCGUCCCGCCACCGUGUGCGCGCGCCCUGCCUGCAGAUCAUCAAGAUUGCGCAGGUUGCUGACGCGGAUGUCAAGCGCGACAACACCAUCCAGUUCCUCGGCGUGAAGGAGCCCGUCUCCUUCCCCGUCGUCAACAAGGUUCUUCGCCACGACAGCAAGAGCCAGAAGACCACCUUCAAGUACAAGCGCCCGAACUUCUCCGCCGUGUAAGUUGCGCGGGGUUGUUGGGAGGCGAGGCGUGCUUGAAGACUUGGGGAACGGGCUGGGGUUGCUGGCAUAGCAAUGGGUUCGGGAGAGUUAUGGGGGUGUGGUCGUCGCGAUCAAAGGAAAGGUCGAGGCCAUUGGUGGUUAAAAAAAAAACAACCAAACUGCAUGGAGAGCUCGGGUUUAUAGGAAGUUCUCUAGACACUUGUGAUGUCAAACUUAGGCAUCGAAACAAAACA